UCCUCCUCCUCAUCCUUUCCCAGGUUCUUCUCGACUUCGACAUGAAGAUGCACAUUCGGAGUAUCUUAUCCUCCUACUUGACCAGGAAGGCAAUCAGUAAAAGCCCCAUUUUUAGAUCUCUUGGCCAAAACCAUUUCUUUACCAGCAGUACCUCCCGGUCCAAUCAAGUCAUCACUUGCAAGGCGGCGGUGUGUUGGGGAGUAGGGGAGGCAGUGAAGGUGGAGGAGAUACAGGUAGAGCCACCCAAAUCGUCUGAAGUUCGGGUUAAGAUGCUGUAUGCUAGUAUCUGCCACACAGACAUCUUAUGUUGCUCAGGAUUUCCAGUGCCUCUGUUUCCAAAAGUUCCAGGCCAUGAAGGUGUUGGCAUGGUGGAGAGCGUGGGCGAAAAUGUGAUAGCCUUGAAGGAGGGAGAUCUAGUUAUUCCAACCUAUUUAGGGGAGUGUGGAGAAUGUGAAAAUUGUAGGUCGGGAAAGACCAAUUUAUGCCUCGAACACCCCCUAACUCUUAAUGGUUUGAUGCUUGAUGGCACUUCCAGGAUGUCUAUUAGGGGCCAAAGGCUCUACCACCUUUUUAGCUGCUCCACAUGGGCUGAGUAUAUGGUUGUGAAUGCCAACUACCUUGUCAAGAUUGACUCAAGAAUAGCUCUGUCAGAAGCUAGCUUCCUCUCAUGUGGCUUUUCCACUGGAUAUGGGGCAGCUUGGAAAGCGGCUAAGGUUGAAAAAGGUUCUAGUGUUGCAGUUCUAGGCCUUGGUGCUGUUGGAUUAGGGGUGCUAGAAGGGGCUCGAAACCAAGGGGCGGCUAGAAUAAUUGGCAUAGACAAAAAUGAAAGAAAGCGUGAAAUGGGAAAGGCUUUUGGAAUGACUGAUUUUAUAAAUCCAAGUAAAUCUAAUAAACCUAUCUCGGAAUUAGUUCGUGAGUUGACAGGAGGAGAGGGCGUGGAUUAUAGUUUUGAAUGCAGUGGAAUUCAAUCUUUGAUUAAUGAAGUACUUCAACCCACCAAAGUGGGAAAAGGAAUGUUGAUAGUAAUUGGAGCAGGAAACAACGCGAGCGUGGAUAUUAAUUUCUUGACCCUCUUGCUUGGAAGAACAAUAAAAGGAUGCGUCUUUGGAGGGAUCAAAGUCCAGUCUGACAUCCCCUUACUAGUUAACAAAUGCAUCAAUAAGGAAAUUCAAAUCGAUGAUCUUUUAACUCAUGAAAUUCAAUUGGAAGAAAUUAAAAAGGCAUAUGAGCUUUUGAAGCAGCCAGAUUGCAUCAAGGUUCUCAUCAAGAUUUAAGUGAUCUCAGCAACAAUUAUAAUAUGCUCUUAUUUUCAUCUUUGGAUCAAUGGUUAUAUCUAUUCCCCAAUGGCAAGUAGCCAGACAUUAAAUAAGACAAGCUUGCAAACUUGAAGAUUAGAACCUUUCGCAAGUCAAAUUGGUCAAUAAUAUUUCUUCCUGUUGUUCAUUUUAUAA